CUGCUUCUAUCCUCCCAUGUGCUCGGUGUAGAAGUCCUUCGGUGGUCAGAGCGUUAUCGCCCAUACAUUCCCCGUGAUUGGCGCUUAUGGCGCUUCUGUCGAGUUACAGUAGAGGAUGAGCCACACGCGUUACUCGUCUGUGCUGCUGCGCCCGGUCUCACCUCCCUAUGA